UUAAGUAAAAUAAAAAAUAAAAACACAAAAGAAGAAAAAAGAAAAGGGAAAAAAGGGCCCGACGUCUCGUUUUGGCGUAGAGGAACAGAGUACAGAGUAACAAAUAUUGACCAACGUCUCGUUUGACCUCUAAUAUUUCUUUAAACCUCCCGCCGUCUUCCCUCCAAAAACCCUAGCGCCACUUAUUCCGUUCACCGCCACCGCCACCGCCCGGCGGAACAUCCUUUCAGGUCACAACAAUGGAAGGAAUUGAAAUGGAAGACCCCGAAUUUCAUCAAUCCGCGGAAGAUUCCGAUGUAUGCGCCCGAAUUCUCCUCCAAUUUGACGACGCCGCCAAUGAGCACCACCUCCACGUCUGCGCGGCCAUCGGAGCAAUGUCUCAGGAGUUAAAAGAACAAAACCUCCCUCUCAAGCCCCUCUCCUACUUCGGCGCCACUUGUUCGUCUCUCCAGCGCCUCUCUUCGGCUGCCGAAACCGAAACCCCUGGCCACCUCGUCGAUGCUUUGGUUACUAUUCUGUCUGAAGUUAUUGAGUUGCUUCAGAAAGCAGUAUUGAGGAAGAAAUUCGAUUACCUGGCGGACCUUCUAAUGAAGGUUCUUCGGUUGAAAUCAGUUGGUCCGGAUGGAGUUAUUUCCGGUUUGAAGUGUGUUUCUCAUUUGGCUGUGGAGAACUUGAGCUGGGCUGAAGUGUCUCCGCUCUUUGGUGUUCUCGUUGGUUAUCUCACCGAUGAUGGGACCAAUAUUCGGAAGCAGGCGCAUUCACAUCUUCGUCAUGUCCUAGAAUCGUAUGAAAUGUCACCCAUGCACACCCCAUUGCUUGCCCCUGCAAGCGAGGCCGUAACAAAAGUAUUUGAGCGGUCUCUAUUACUUGCGGGUGGGACAAAUUCAAAUGUUUCUGAAGGGCCCAAAGGUGCACAGGAGGUCCUAUAUAUUCUUGAUGCUUUGAGAAUUUGUCUCCCUUACAUGACCUCAAAGUCAUCAACCAAGAUAUUGAAGUACUUCAAGUCUCUAUUGGAGUUGAGACAACCCCUUGUUACCAGACGAAUAACAGAUUGCGUCAAUGCAUUUUGUUUGGUCCCAUCUAAAGAUGUUUCCCCUGAAGCUAUUCUUGAUCUUCUAUGCUCCUUAGCUGCUUCAGUUUCAAACGAAUCAUCUGCAGACAGCUUGACGUUUACUGCUCGAUUGCUGGAUGUUGGCAUAAAAAGAGUAUAUAUGCUUAACAGGCAAAUAUGUGUUGUCAAGCUACCAAUUUUUUUCAAUGCACUCAGUGAUAUUUUAGCUUCUGAGCAUGAAGAAGCCUUGCUAGCAGCAGUGCAGACAUGUAAAAGCCUCAUAAAUGGAUGCAUUGAUGAAAAUUUGGUCAAACAAGGUGUUGAUCAAAUUACGUUAAAUGCCAAUGUAGAGACAAGGAAAUCAAUGCCAACCAUUAUUGAGAAGGUGUGUGCAACUGUUGGAAGCUUACUCGAUUAUAAUUUCUCUGCUGUUUGGGAUAAGUCCUUCCAAGUUCUUUCGGCAUUGUUUGACAAAUUAGGGCAGUCUUCGUCAUAUUUCUUAAAGGGUGCGCUUCAAAGUUUGGCAGACAUGCAAAAAUUGCCAGAUGAGGACUUCCGGUUCAGAAAAGAGCUGCAUGAAUGUGUUGGAUCUGCUCUUUGUGCAAUGGGUCCUGAAACUUUUCUGAGCAUAUUACCGCUAAACCUGAAUUCUGAAGACCUGUCUGAGGCAAAUCUUUGGCUGUUUCCUAUUCUAAAGCAAUAUACUGUUGGUGCGCAAUUGAGCUUCUUCACGAAGUCACUUUUAGGCAUGAUCAAAGAUAUGAAGCAAAAGUCGACUUUGCUUGAGCAAAAUGGUAGAAUUAUUUCAGCAAGAAAUUUUGAUGGAAUUGUAUACUCCUUAUGGUCUUUGCUGCCAUCCUUUUGCAAUUACCCUCGGGAUACAGCUAAAAGUUUCAAGGACCUGGGAAAGGCAAUUUGUUCUGCUAUUCAAACUGAAGAUCAUGUGCGGGGGAUUAUAUGCUCUAGUUUGCAAAUUCUUGUGCAGCAGAACAAGAAAAUUCUUGAAGGCAAAGAGAAUUUGUCCUUGUCCGACCCAAGCAUUUCUGAUGAACAUGAUCUUAGUAUUUCUGAAAAACAAGCCAUUAGCUAUUACAGUCCACAAAUUGCAGCUGAUAACCUGAGUGCGCUGAGAUCAUCUGCCCAUGAAUUAUUGUCUGCCCUAAUGGGAGUCUUCUUCAAAUCUUCCAAAGAUUCUGUUGGACCUAUUCAGGUUGCGAUUGCGGAGCUAGCUUCUGUGGCGGAAAAAAAAGCUGUUACGGGGCUCUUUAAAAGCACAAUGCAUAAGCUAUUGAAGGUUACUCAAGAGGUAGGUGAAGCAGCCAACUCUGGGGGCUUAAAUUCAAUGCAGCUUGACAGCUUGGCUGGUGAAAGAUCCCUGUCAUCAGCUAGGGCGCAAUUACUUGACCUAUCAGUUUCACUUUUACCUGGCUUAGAUGACAAAGAGAUUGAUAUAUUAUAUCUUGCUCUUGUGCCUGGAUUAAAGGAUGUUGAUGGCUUAAUCCAGAAGAAGGCGUACAAGGUUCUGUCAUUGAUUAUUAGGGAUUCUGAAGAAUUUGUUUCGAGAAAGCUUGAAGAGUUGCUUAGCCUGAUGAUUGAAGUUCUUCCUUCUUGUCAUUUUUCUGCCAAACGUCACAGGCUUGAUUCUUUGUAUUUUUUGAUUGCACAUUUGUCAAAGAACGUGUGUGAACAGAAUCUGCAUGGCAGAAUCGCCUCCUUUCUGACUGAAAUCAUACUUGCGGUGAAAGAGGGUAAUAAAAAAACAAGAAAUCGAGCAUAUGAUAUCCUUGUUCAAGUUGGUCACAUAUAUGGAGAUGAAGAAAAAGGAGGCCAAAAAGAAGACCUGCAUAAGCUCUUUAACAUGGUUGCUGGAGGAUUGGCUGGAGAAACCCCUCAAAUGAUUAGUGCUUCGGUCAAGGGUUUAGCACGUCUGGCUUAUGAAUUUUCUGAUCUUCUUUCUAUGACUUAUGCUCUUCUUCCAUCAACAUUCCUCCUCCUUCAGAGAAAGAACAAGGAAGUUAUUAAGGCUGGUUUAGGAUUAUUGAAAGUGUUGGUGGUAAAGUCCCAAGCUGAAAAUCUGGAAACACAUUUGAGAGAUUUGGUGGAGGGCUUGCUGAAUUGGCAAGAUAGCAGCAAAAAUCAUUUUAAAGCUAAGGUUAAGUCGUUAGUUGAAAUGCUUAUCAAGAGAUGUGGUAUGGAAGCUGUCAAGGGAGUUACGCCUGAGGAGCACUUGAAACUGCUUAUUAAUAUAAGAAAGAUAAAGGAGCAUAAGGAGAAGAAACGUGCUUCUGGCUUGGAGGAAACCAGAUCACAUCAGUCAAAAGCAACUACAUCUAGGCAGAGCAAAUGGAACCAUACAAAGAUUUUCUCCGAUUUUGGUGAUGAAGAAACUGAGAACAGUGAUUCUGAUUACAUGGAUGUGAAGACUUUAUCUGCUGGUAGGAAUAAGACUGCAACAAUGUCAAAAUCUCGAGCAUCUUCAAAACGGGCUCGAAGCGCAGCCAAGGGCUUGCAAGAAGACUUACUUGACCAAGCAGAUGAUGAACCACUUGAUUUGCUGGACCGACAAAGGACAAGAUCUGCUCUUCGAUCAUCUAAUCAUCUGAAAAGAAAACCUGAAUCGGAUGAUGAGCUAGAGAUAGAUUCUGAGGGACGACUUAUUAUCAGUGAAAGCGAGAAGAAAUCAAAGAAAGAUAAAGAAAUGUUUUCUGAUCUUGAUUUUGAUGUGAAGAGUCGUGCAGAAAGUCAUGUGUCGAAAAAUUCCGAAAAUACUAGGAAGCGCAGAAAAACAACAGAGUCAGGGUGGUCCUAUACUGGUAAGGAAUAUGCAAGUAAGAAGGCUGGAGGAGACUUAAAGAGGAAGGAUAAAUUUGAGCCAUAUGCUUACUGGCCACUUGACCGCAAAAUGUUGAGCCGAAGGCCUGAACAGAAGGCAUCUGCAAGAAAAGGAAUGGCUAGCGUGGUGAAGCUGACGAAGAGCCUCGAAGGGAAGAGUGUCUCUAGUGCACUUUCAGUCAAAGGGCCUAAGUUUAUGAAGGUUAAAAAGAAAGCUAAGCACAACAAAAAGAGGUGAAGUUACAAAUUUGGUUAUCAUCGCAGGUACGUGGAGAUAGAUACCAAUGCUCUUGCAUUUCCGUGUUAGCCGGGCUUUCAUUUUCGGUGCAUUUUUAGGACAGGCAACUGAACUGUCAUAAAUUUUUGGUCUGAUUGUCAGUCGAUGUAUCGAGAGGUCACUGAUAUCUUUUUCCCCAGUAUAUAUGUACAUCUCUCUAUACAUGGAGAAAAUAUACUGGUCAUCAAUUUUGCCAGGUUACCACAUGAACGUUUUCUGUAGCAGGAGAUGAUGAAGUUUGAUUUGAAGAUGAUUAGAGUUUACAGCUCUAUACAAAAGUAAUGAAUAAUUUUUUAGAUGUGUUACAUGACAUUUUUUUUUUACCUACACUAUAUAACCAAAUCCUUCUAUGAACCGGAUUCCCACCGCUCGUGUUCAUAAAACUCCAGGUCUGCUUGCCGCGGUACGUGUCUCAGUUGAGAUGGCUAGCUAUUUUAGCAGUUGAAACUUUGAAAGACACAAGGCGAGAGAUCAUGGUCCCAUGGAUUCAUUUUUGUUACUAUUCUACUUGUAGCCAAUUCUGAAGCUGAUUGAAUUCUAUAAACCUCGGACACCUUUCGAUAAAACUAUCCAGCAAAGGUACCUCAUAUCGAUCAUGGUUCCACCAAAUCUUCUUUAAGCCCCUGCAUGGGAAAAUAACCAAAUGCU